AUGCUCAAGAAGACCAAGUCCAGCGCUCCGAGAAGACGGACUGGAUGCCAAACCUGCCGGAAGAGAAGGAUCAAAUGCGAUGAGACGCGGCCAGCUUGCACAAAAUGCCUUCAGUCUGGUUGGAAAUGUGAUGGCUACACAUCAAACGAAGUUUCGACAAUCGCUCCCCAUAAAGAGAGACUCUCAACACUGUCACCUCCCAUCCCCUUGCUAUCCAUUACCAGCUAUUCGAUCCCCUUCAAGGUCCCUGGAAGCCAGAGAGACCGUCAACUGCUCCACUACUUUUGUGUUCAAGGAGCAACGGAGAUUUCGGGCUUUCUCUCCUCCGACUUCUGGUCCGAGAUUGUUCUUCGAGAAAGUCAUCAAGACUCGGCAUUACGACAAGCACUUGUUGCCAUGAGUUCACUCCAUUUAGACUACAUCACUUCAGAUCCAGCCGAAAGACAAGCUGCAAGUGUUGAGACGUUGGAUAAUUAUGGCAAAGCCAUUCCUCAACAGCAUCUAAACAAUGGCCUCCAACUCUUGAAGUCCAGUUCAAUGCACCCCGCGAAAGCGGAAAAGGAUGACAUUCGAGCGCUGAGGACAAUUUUCGAGCGACUCGAUAUGCAAGCAAGCUUCUUUCAAGAUGAUCGCGUGCCAAUUUUGAGUCUACCGGAAUGGGAAAAACAUAAACCAGACUAUGAUGCGCUGGUACCGAAAGCACGUUUCUCUACACUGCAGGAGGCUCACGAGAGUCUAGUCAAGUUACAGUCGUGGCUCUACAGUUUCAUCGACCGGAAUGUCGAUUUCCACGAUGCAGGCAUUGAGUUCUUGAGUUCGGUUGUGCUAGAUGAGAAAGCCGCGUUGGUGACAGCAUACAAUUCUUGGAGCUACGCAUUCGAGAACUCUCAACUCACAGAAAAACACAACGAUGACAUUGUGUACGGUCGCAGAUUCCUACUUGUCCAUUUCCGUAUCUGUCAGAUGAUAGUAGACUCUAAGUUCCCUAUCAACGAAGAAGUAUUUGGAGCAUCACCAAAUCCAGCUGCGCAUCGAAUAUUGGACCUGGCAGAAACACUUCUUGACUAUACGACUAAACUGAAUUCUUCUCCAAACGCAACACAAACCCCUCGUCGAAACUUUUCGUUGGAAAGCGGAGUUGUUGCUCCGCUGUUCGCGUUGGCUUUCAAGUGUUCAGAUGAGUCAGUGGCUACAAGAGCCGCACAUAUGCUUUCUAUGUCGCAGAGAAGGGAAGGUCUGUACGAUGCCCAAACUAUGGCAAUGAUUCUCAAUCAUCUGAGAAGAUCAAGAGAUAAGGAGAGAAACGUGGAAACUGAGAUUGAAAGCAUCGAUGUCACUGCCAGUGCCCUAGAGUAUUAUAUACCAGGCGGCUAUGAGGGCGGUGGAAUAGAUAAGCUACUCGCCUCGUUGAGUAUAUGA